AUGCCUCCCCUAAUGCAAGGACCCGUCGACUUGGAUUCAUCAGGAGGCGAAGAUGGGCCGGUCGGCUCACGUAUUGGCUCGCAAGGGCCCGGCUCCCCCUCUCUUCCAUUGGCUACAAGCGGCGACAUGGGAAAUCUAACUCCUGAGCCCAAUGAUAAAGCUAAUUUCGCUCACAUCGCAAGGGAAGAUAUGGAAGAUGCUCAGAGCGAAGGAACCCCUCCUGGAACGCUUGCGCUUCUCGAGCAGAUCCGAGCUAGGCGACUGGCACGGGACAGUAGAAUGUGGGACGUAGAAGAUGCCGAGUUAGAAGCUGCUCAGUUGAGAGAAGUGGCGUUGCCCAUUAGCCACGGCUCUUCUGACUCUGAAGAUUCUUCGUCGACCGAUUUCGGACUACUUUGUCCAGUAAGAAGGGCGCCAAGUUCCAUAGAAUUUGAUAACAUAAGCUCUGUACCCUACCACGCCCAAUACAAGCGAGUCGUUGAGCAGGAAGAAGAUGCGGAAAUGGAACGGCUUCUGCAGCAGUUGGAUCAGGAACAGCAGGCUAUCCAUGAUUUGGCGGUGGCUCAACGCUACCAGCUAAUGCAAGAGCAAAUUGCCGUGAUUCAGAAGCAACUUGGGCGCGGAGACGCCAAGAUUCCUGAUCUCGAGUGGCUAAUGGCCAAUGACCCCGAAAACAAUCAUGAAUUAGAUGAUAUCAUGGCGGCGUUCGCCGCGAGAGACGAUGACCUCCCGCAAGAGGCUCCAGAAGAACCAGAAAUUCCGCUGACGUGCAGGAAUAUUUUUUAUGCUUGCCGAUUAUUCCGUGCUUUAACUCAGCAUCCGGUGGGCACUGAUAUUCUGCCCGUUGGGGAUGCCUCUAUUUAUCGGCGUUAUCAUGAGUUUGUGCUCGGUGAAGAGGAGGCAGAGGGUGGUGAAACUGUGGGAACUUGCAUUUUCGACGCAGCAAUUGAUGUCAGCAUCUCCGAUGAACUACUCCCGCCUGGACUCGAUUCGGAUGAGGGAUCCGGGAUGUGGUCGAAUCCAUACAAUAUUUUUACAACUACCUCCUGUGGGCCUUUCGGCAUCCGCGUGAAGGUCGAACACUCCAGUAAAACGCAUGUUUUAAACGAAGAAGUCUUUGGUACCGUUGCCUUUAUUGGACUUUCAAGGGCAAAUACCUGGGAUAUUAUGGGAUUACUAGAUUUGGCGUAUGAACAUGACUUCGACGCCAUAGCCAUUACGCCACCGGGGCACGGAAAUACAACGCAGGUGGAGGACGAGGGCGGGGGCUUCUGGAGUUCAUCAAAUUUCCUCAAACACGCGCUGGAGUCAUGCUUGGGUGUUUCCUUGGCAAGGACAGUUGUAGUGUCCCACAGCAACUUCGUAACUCGCAAGUACUUUCUUCCUUUUUUGAUGUCCGACAUUGCCCUGGGUUUCGUUCUCUUUGACAGCUCUGUCGGUACGGAUUGGAUGGAUGAAUAUGACACAGACGUUAAUGACCACAAAUUCUACCAAUAUGUUGGAAAACGACGUCUAGCCGGUGUUGACAGCAUCAUUCACUCUCUGGAAACAAAGAGAGAGGAUUUUAAUGGGGGAAAUCAACUGGGUGGCAGAAUGUCUGUUCCGAGCGAGGGGCUGCAGCUGGCAAAACCACGUGUACUUGCCGCGACGUCACUGAAAGGUUACUGCCGGGCUGAACCUGAGGGCGCAGACGACGCUUUCCCAACUAAUAGCACUCUCGGUCCAUUCGACUUUUUCCCCGGAAAGUACAAGAUGCCAGGUUGGGAUACUGCACGAAAGCGCUUCCGUGAGACUCCGUUGGACGCUCCGGCUGACGAAGGAAUGGAAGGCCGACUAGUAAGCAGCGAGUACUUCGAUCCGCUACGCAUAGCUCUUGUUGAGUUUCUUGAAGACCUGAAGAGCCUUUCGCUAGGAGGGAAGCUACAGGUAGAGCAACCGCGCCCUCUUCGGUACAACAACAGGCAAACUGAGUAUGACAAAUCGAGGGAGCACACUACUACGAUCGACCCAAUGACGGUUUACUGUGUACAAGAGUCGGCCGCUUCUGUACAACCAACCCGUUCGAGCGAUCCAAAUGAGGCCCCUCCAGUGCAUCUAGUUGAUCCAGAGAAGUACUGGCUCCAGAAAAAGGCGCAAACACUGCGCAGCACCUCCACCACCACAGCGUCCCCUUCUUCGACUGCGAAAAAAUUGACACCGGUUAAACAUUUGGAGUUUCACCUUCCCUCGUUGGGAUCCAUACUCAGCAACUGGGUGCCCUAA